AUGGCUACUGAUUCAGGGGAGCCAGCUAGCACAGAAGAUUCUGAGAAACCUGAUGGAGUUUCAUUGGAAAACAGAGUUCCUCAGGCUGCAGCAACUUUGACAGUGGAAGCUAGACUAAAGGAGAAAAGCAAUACCUUCUCUGCUUCUGGAGAAACUAUAGAAAAGAAAAGAUUCUUUCGAAAGAGUGUUGAGAUGACAGAACAUGACAAAGUUGCUGAAUCUUCCUCCAAAGAUGAAAGAAUAAAGACUGCAACAAAUAUUCCAAGAGUAGAAAAGCUUCCUACAAAUGUGCUAAGAGGAGGACAAGAAGUUAAAUAUGAGCAAUGUUCAAAGGGAACGUCAGAAUCCUCAAAAGAUUAUUUCAAGGAGAAAAAUGAAAAGGAGAUGGAAGAAGAAGCAGAAAUGAAGGCUGUAGCUACUUCUCCUAGUGGCAGGUUCCUGAAAUUUGACAUAGAACUGGGAAGAGGAGCAUUUAAAACAGUAUAUAAAGGACUGGACACUGAAACAUGGGUUGAGGUUGCUUGGUGUGAGCUGCAGGACCGGAAAUUAACCAAAGCCGAGCAGCAAAGGUUCAAGGAAGAAGCAGAGAUGUUAAAGGGUCUCCAACAUCCCAAUAUAGUUCGAUUUUAUGAUUCCUGGGAGUCUAUAUUAAAAGGAAAGAAAUGUAUUGUAUUAGUGACGGAACUUAUGACAUCAGGAACCUUAAAAACGUACUUAAAACGAUUUAAAGUAAUGAAACCAAAGGUCUUAAGGAGCUGGUGCAGGCAGAUUUUAAAGGGGUUGCAGUUCUUGCACACUAGGACUCCUCCUAUUAUUCACCGGGAUCUGAAGUGUGACAAUAUUUUCAUCACGGGACCCACUGGAUCUGUGAAGAUUGGUGAUCUAGGACUAGCCACCUUAAUGCGUACAUCAUUUGCUAAAAGUGUCAUUGGUACUCCUGAGUUUAUGGCCCCAGAGAUGUAUGAAGAGCACUAUGAUGAAUCUGUGGAUGUCUAUGCUUUUGGAAUGUGUAUGCUGGAAAUGGCUACUUCAGAGUACCCUUAUUCUGAAUGCCAGAAUGCAGCUCAAAUAUACCGUAAAGUAACUAGUGGUAUAAAACCAGCCAGUUUUGAUAAAGUCACUGAUCCUGAAGUGAAAGAAAUCAUCGAGGGAUGUAUUCGUCAAAACAAAUCUGAAAGGUUGUCUAUAAGGGACCUACUAAACCACGCAUUUUUUGCGGAGGAUACAGGACUAAGAGUGGAGUUGGCAGAGGAAGAUGAUUGCUCAAAUUCAUCCCUGGCUUUAAGACUCUGGGUUGAGGACCCUAAAAAAUUGAAAGGCAAACAUAAAGAUAAUGAAGCUAUUGAAUUCAGUUUCAAUUUAGAAACAGAUACACCUGAGGAAGUAGCAUAUGAAAUGGUCAAGUCAGGAUUCUUCCAUGAAAGUGAUUCCAAAGCUGUUGCUAAGUCCAUUAGAGACCGAGUGACCCUGAUAAAGAAGACAAGGGAGAAGAAGCCAGCUGGCUGUUUGGAAGAACGCAGGGAUUCCCAGUGCAAGUCUGUAGGGAAUAUACUCCCUCAGCCCCAAAAUACAUCUUUGCCCCCUCCUCCUGUUCAGCACACUGGGGCAGAAUGUGAAGAAACUGAAGUUGAUCAACAUGUGCGACUACAGCUUCUACAAAGAAAACCACAACAUCAUUGCUCCUCUGUUACAGGUGACAAUUUGUCUGAGGCAGGAGCAGGAUCAGCUAUACACUCAGAUACUUCAAAUCAGCCCAGUGUAGCCUACUCCUCAGACCAGAUGAUGGGCUCUCAAAUGGUUUCUAACAUGCCACAGACCGAAAUAAAUAUUCUGGAGAAAAUUUAUCCAUCCCAGCAACUAGUGGGACAUUACCAGCAGAUUUCAGGGUUGCAGAAGCAGCCAAAGCUGACUCAGCCCCAAAUUUUGCCUUUGAUUCAAGGUCGGUCCACUAUUUUGCCUGUACAUGUCUUUGGACCUCCAGUUGUCUCACAACCCCAGGUUUCACCUUUAACUGUCCCAAAGGCCUCACAGAUAAAGCCUGUAUCCCAAGCAGUUGGAGCUGAACAACAAGCAACUCUUCUAAAACCAGAUUUAGUUCAAACUUUGAAUCAUGAUGUGGCACCUGUGAAGGAAAACACAAAUACCCCUGAUAACCCAAGUGGAAAUGGCAAACAAGAUCGGAUCAAACAGAGAAGAGCUUCCUGUCCUCGGUCAGAGAAGGGAACUAAAUUUCAGCUUAUUGUUCUUCAGGUUUCUACCUCUGGAGACAAUAUGGUGGAGUGUCAACUGGAGACACACAAUAACAAGAUGGUCACCUUCAAGUUUGAUGUUGAUGGUGAUGCACCAGAGGAUAUUGCAGACUAUAUGGUUGAAGAUAACUUUGUCCUGGAAAGUGAAAAAGAAAAAUUUGUAGAAGAAUUGAAGGCUAUCGUAGGUCAAGCCCAGGAGAUCCUUCAUGUUCACUCUGCUACAGAAAGAGCUGUUGGAGUUGACUCUGUUACUGUGGAACCCAGCAGUAGCCAAACAGGAUCAUCUGAACAAGUACAGAUAAAUUCUGCGUCCAGCCAAACCAGCAAUGAAUCUGCUCCUCCUCAGUCAUCCCCAGUUGGUCGAUGGCGAUUUUGUAUAAAUCAGACAAUAAGAAACCGGGAGGCUCAAUCUUCUCCUUCUCUUCAGCAGUACAUGCCUACAGUUCCUGGGUUAAACCUACUUUCUAGUCCAAGAAACAUAAGUAAUAAGGAAAUAACACAGGACACACUGCUUACUCUAGAAAGUAAUCCGUGCCAGCGUGUACUUUUCACCUCCACAUCACAACACAAGGAUGUAGUUGAUGGUAAGAUUUCUGAAUAUGCCAGUGUAGAAACUAAGCAGCCAGCUAUACUUUAUCAAGUAGAAGAUGACAGGCAAAUAACGGCACUAGUUGCUAGUAGUUCCAGUCAUACUGCUACUUCAGUUUGUGCAGUUCCACUUGAAUGUGAGGGACUCACCAAUGAAGCAGGCAUAUUUCUACCUGUGUAUCCAGGUCACCAAGCUGCCAGUCAGGCAGCUUCUGACGAGUCAACUCAGAUUGCUGCUAACUGUCUUACAACCCCGGCAUUUAUAUCUGAUCAAAAGCCUCAAUCCUUACUAGUGCAGCAGCGAACUACGGAUGCAGAAUUCAUUUCCCAAGAAGGAGAAACUGCAGUGAACAUGGAAGCAAGUUCUCCUAAGAUGGUCGUUCCCACUCAGAAUCCUGGCCUUGAACCAACCAGCCUUCUAUCCUCUACUGUCCUGGAAUCAGAUGGAGAAAGACCUCCAAAAAUGGAAUUUGCAGACAACCGAAUUAAAACUCUGGAUGAAAAAUUAAGAAAUUUGCUCUAUCAGGAGCAUAACAUACCUAGCAUCUACCCUGAGAGUCAGAAGGAUACCCAAAGCAUAGACUCUCCAUUUUCUUCCUCUGCUGAAGAUGUACUCUCAUGUCCAGUGCCAGAAGUCAUAGGCACCAGUCACUGUGGAAUUCAAGAUAGUACUGCACAGUCCCCUAAUUUUCAGCAGACAGGCUCUAAGAUUCUGUCCAAUGUGGCUGUGAAUCAGCCUGCUAACAUAUCAGUGUUCAAAAGGGACCUGAAUGUGAUAACUUCUAUACCCAGCGAAUUAUGUUUACAUGAGAUGUCCCCAGAUGCUUCACUUCCGGGAGAUCCAGAGGCCUAUCCUGCUGCUGUGUCAAGUGGUGGAGCCAUUCAUCUGCAGACAGGAGUGGAAACAGAAGAUACGAGAUCAGCCGUUGUUCCUGACCCCAUUCAUCUGACAGGAGAGUCCACAACUGAUACUAGGUCUUUGAGUAAAUGUAAAGCAAUGAGUGGAUCAUUUCAGCGGGGUCGGUUUCAGGUGAUUACAGUUCCCCAGCAGGAGUCAGCGGAAGUGACAUCUUUUGGAAUAGAACACAUAUCAACAUUCAGUAAAAUGACAAGUCAGUCUAGUGAAGAAACUUUAGCCUUUACUGACACAGCAAAGUCUCAAUUUGUAGAAAUGGAACCUGUCACACACAAUCCACAAACUUCACUUUCUUCUCAGAAGUUACAAGCUCUUCACGAAACCUUCAAAGAAGAUCCAAGAAUUUCCAAACAAACUGACAACUUUUCAUCUUUUAGUAUAGCUUGUGAAACUGAUAUAUCUUCGAUGACUACAGAAAAGGAAUUGGAGGAAAAUUCAGCCACAGGAAGUAGCAUGCAGUCUGGAUCUGAACUACUUAAAGAGAGAGAGAUACUUACUGCUAGGAAACAGCCUAGCUCUAAUAGUGAAUUUUCAGCCGCUCUUCCUGACAGAGCGAAAUCAGUGGCAAAGACUGUUACAGAGAGAGAAAAGCACUUACCACUCUGUGAAGAAAAAGCCUGUGUUCAAACACAGAGCUCACACUUUUAUUCACCGUCUUCCCCAAUGAGCAGUGAUGAUGAGUCAGAAAUAGAGGAUGAGGACUUAAAGGUGGAGCUUCAAAGAUUACGAGAAAAACAUAUUCAGGAAGUGGUAAAUCUUCAAACCCAGCAGAAUAAGGAGCUACAGGAUCUCUAUGAACGCCUUCGAGCGAUUAAAGAUAGCAAAGUCCAAUCAUCAGAAGCUCCUGUAUCACCUGCAUCACCGCGUAGACCAAGAUCUUUAAAAAGCAAACUUCGAAGCCGUCCCCAGUCCUUGACACGUGUGGACAGUGGCACAGUUGCUACAGAUCCACUGUGUGUGGAAAGUAGUGCAGCAUCAUUCCAGCAAUCUUCAGUUAGUAAAAAAGGAAUGUUCACAGAUGACUUACACAAAUUGGUGGAUGACUGGACAAAGGAAACAGUAGGAAAUUCGCUUAUUAAGCCAAGUUUAAACCAACUUAAACAGAGUCAACAGAAACUAGAAACAGACAACUGGAACAAAGCAUAUGAAAAUACUCCAUCUACUAUGGGCUACACACCAACAUGGAUUUCUUCUCUGUCCCAAAUCCGUGGAGCUGUCCCAACCUCCUUGCCACAAGGACUGUCACUCCCUUCAUUUCCUGGGCCAUUAUCAUCAUAUGGAAUACCCCAUGUUUGUCAGUAUAAUGCUGUGGUGGGGCCAGGGUAUCCAGUACAGUGGGUAGGAAUUUCAGGAACACCACAACAGUCUCUAGUAAUUCCUAACCAACCUGGGGGACCGUUCCAACCAGGGAUGAAUUUGCAGGCGUUUCCAGCUUCAUCAGUGCAGAAUCCGUCCACGAUCCCUCCUGGUCCCAAGUAA